AUGAGGCAACGACACGCACCGGGAUGGAAGACGAUAACAGUCGGCCUGCUUUCUAUCCUUGCUGGAUCUGCUCUCGCCGGGCCAGACCUCACAACAAAACAUGAGAAGGGAAGAUGCGCAAUGAGGGGGCAAUGCGGAAAGCAGGGCUUCUUUGGCUCGGAACUGCCUUGCCCAGACAACGGCCCAGCAAAAACACCCGACGACGACGUGCGCAAGAAGCUUGUAGACAUUUGUGGCACGCAGUGGUCCGACUCAGACAUCUGCUGCGACGAAAAUCAGCUUGACGCCCUCAAAACGAACCUCGACCGCGCUACCCCCAUUAUCAACGCCUGUCCUGCCUGCAAGGAAAACUUCUACAAUAUGUUCUGCACAUUCACGUGUUCUCCUGACCAGUCAACCUUCGUCAAUAUUACCAGGACGGAGCCCAAGGGCGACAAAUACUUAGUAACGGAAUUGGACAACCUGAUCGCAGACCAGUACGCGUCGACGUUUUACGACAGCUGCAAGGAUGUCAAGUUUGGUGCGACAAAUGGCAAGGCUAUGGACUUCAUCGGUGGUGGUGCAAAGAACUUUACCCAGUUUCUGAAAUUUCUGGGCGACAAGAAGUUCCUAGGCUCGCCUUUCCAGAUUAACUUCCCGCGACCAUCUCAAGAGCUCUUCCCUGGCAUGACCGCAAUGAGCAAGCACGCCUAUCCUUGUGACACCGAAGACGAGAAGUACCGUUGUGCCUGUCUGGACUGUGGCACAUCUUGUACCGAGCUUCCGGCUGUACAAGAAGGAAAGCAAUGCCACGUCGGCCUGCUUCCCUGCUUAUCCUUUGCUGUCAUCAUCAUCUACUCCUGCUUCAUUGGACUCUUGUGCAUCGCUGUGGCUGGCCAUGUCGCAUAUCAGAAACAUUCGAGACAUAAGACUGAGCGAAUGCGCCUUUUGCAAGACACGAGCCCCAGCGACGAUGAAGACGAAGGCGAUAUAGUACACAAUGUUGGUAUGCUAGAUCGCCCGACCAAGCACUAUUUUGUCAACACCUGGUGCGAUCGCAUGUUUAGCCGUCUUGGAUACAUUUGCGCUCGUUUCCCAGCCAUCACCAUCAUUACCAGCAUCAUAGUCGUAAUCCUAAUGAGCUUGGGCUGGCUGCAGUUCCAAAUUGAGACAGAUCCUGUAAAUCUAUGGGUCUCACCAGAUUCCGCUGCUGCUCAAGAAAAGGCCUUCUUCGACGAGAAAUUUGGACCUUUCUUCCGCGCUGAGCAAGCCUUCCUCGUCAACGACACACUCGGCAGUCCAGGUCCCGUUCUCAGCUAUGAAACACUUGAUUGGUGGUUCGGUGUUGAGAACCAGAUCCAGCGUCUCAAGUCUGCCGAGCGCGGUGUUACUCUAGAUGACAUUUGCUUCAAGCCAACAGGAGAUGAGUGUGUUGUUCAGUCCGUUACCGGUUACUUCCAAGGUGAUUUCGCCAACGUUGUACCCAGCAGUUGGAAGGAUGAUUUGCUACAGUGUGUCGACAACCCAUCUCAGUGUCUCCCCACUUUCCAGCAACCGCUCGAUUCGCAUCUCCUCUUCGGCGGUGUUGAGGAGAGCGUUCUUGAUGCCAAGGCACUUGUGGUGACUUGGGUUGUACAGAAUCAUCCAAAGGGUACCCCGGAGGAGCAACGUGCAAUGGACUUUGAGAACGAAAUGAAGAAUUACCUCAAAUUCGUAUCCGAUGAGGCCAAUAAGAGAGGCCUUCGCCUAAGCUUCAAUACUGAAGUCAGUCUCGAGCAAGAGCUCAACAAGAGCACCAACACAGACGCUAAGAUCGUGGUGAUCAGCUACAUCAUCAUGUUUUUGUACGCAUCAUUGGCGCUCGGCUCAACUACACUCACUGUUCAGUCUGUCCUCCGCAACCCCGCCAACGCUCUAGUACAGUCCAAGUUCAUGCUGGGCAUAGUGGGUAUUCUGAUUGUACUCAUGUCUGUUUCUGCCUCAGUUGGUCUUUUCUCUGCAGCUGGCAUCAAGGUUACCUUGAUUAUAGCAGAGGUCAUUCCGUUUCUCGUCUUGGCCGUUGGUGUGGACAACAUCUUCCUUAUUGUGCACGAAUUUGAACGCAUUAACAUCAGCCACCCGGAAGGAACCGUUCCAGAACGCGUUUCUCGAGCUCUCGGACGCAUGGGCCCCUCAAUCUUGCUUUCUGCUCUUACCGAGACGACUGCAUUCGCUCUAGGAUGUGCUGUUGGUAUGCCUGCUGUCCGCAACUUUGCCGCAUAUGCCGCAGGAGCUGUCUUUAUCAACGCCAUUCUCCAGGUUACCAUGUUCAUUGCCGUUCUUUCCCUCAACCAGGAACGUGUCGAAUCAAACCGUGCGGAUUGCUUCCCAUGCGUUCGCGUUAAGCGCGCCGAUCCAGUCGGUAUGGGUUUUGCAGUGGGAGAGGAAGGUGCACUACAACGCUUCAUCCGUAAGACGUAUGCUCCAGCAAUUCUGGGUAAGAAGGCCAAAAUUGGCAUUCUCGCGCUAUUUUUCGGAAUCUUCACAGCAGGCCUCGCUCUGUUCCCCCAAGUCGAGCUUGGUCUGGACCAACGUAUCGCUAUUCCAAGCGAUUCUUACCUAAUCCCAUUCUUCAACGACCUUUACGACUACCUUGAUGUUGGUCCUCCAGUUUAUUUUGUCACGAAGGAGCUCAACGUUACUGAGCGCAAGCCGCAAAAAGAGCUUUGUGGACGAUUCUCCGCGUGCGACAGAAACAGUCUGGCAAACAUCAUCGAGGCAGAGCGUAAGCGCCCCGAAGUUUCGUAUCUUUCAGCCUCUGCUGCAAACUGGCUUGACGAUUUCUUCCUGUGGCUGAAUCCUGAAAACGAGAAGUGCUGUGUGGAGAAGGGCAAGCCCUGUUUCCAAGGUCGCCAGCCGCCCUGGAAUAUGACUCUUUACGGUAUGCCUGAGGGCGAGGAGUUUAUCAAGUACUUGGAAAAGUGGAUCGAGGCUCCAACCACUGAAGAUUGUCCUAUCGGCGGAAAAGCCGCGUACUCGGACGCUCUAGUGAUUGAUUCCAAGCACUUAACCAUUCCCGCUUCUCAUUUCCGUACUUCGCAUACCCCGCUGCGUUCGCAGAAAGACUUCAUCUCUGCAUACACAGCAGCGCGCCGCAUAUCCAAAGAGAUAUCAAAGGACAUCGAAGCCGAGGUAUUCCCAUACUCAAAGUUUUACAUCUUCUUCGAUCAGUACGUAUCUAUUGUUCGCCUGGCUGGUGCUCUGAUUGGAUCUGCUCUAGCGGCAGUACUUGUCAUCACGACCAUCAUGCUUGGUUCCAUCGUCACUGCAUUGGUUGUGACACUGGUUGUUGGUAUGACGGUCUCCGCCAUCAUCGGGUCCAUGGCUAUCCUUGGUGUUUCGCUCAAUGCCGUCUCAUUGGUCAACCUCAUCAUCUGUGUGGGUAUCAGCGUCGAGUUCACGGCACACAUUGCUCGAGCAUUCACCUUCCCAAGUCGUGCGACUAUGGAGCGAGCACCGAGACACCGCUUCCGGGGCCGUGACGCCCGCGCAUGGACAGCCAUGGUCAAUGUAGCGAGCAGUGUGGUCAGUGGAAUUACCAUCACGAAGAUUCUAGGAGUAGGAGUAUUGGCUUUCACCCGGAGUAAGAUCUUCGAAAUCUACUACUUCCGGGUAUGGGUCGCUCUCGUGCUUUGGGCCUCGACUCACGCUCUUGUUUUACUUCCUGUUCUUCUUUCAAUUGUAGGAGGCAAGGGCUACGUCGAUCCUGAAUCUGAAGGCGGACUUGAGCAAGACCUCCGACGCCGGCAGUACCCUGCACUACUGGCCGAAGACGAAGAAUACGACAGCGAUGACUAG